CUCCUUUGCACGCAAAAAUGGGUGCAAAACUACUUACUCUCUUCUGGGCAUGGCUAGCGCUUGGCCAGUCCUUAUACAUCUCCCGACCGGUGGUUUCCGCGUCAAUCACAACGCCUCUACCCGAUCUUUACGAGGCAUCUGUGAUUGAACUUCAAGCGGGCCUUACUUCGGGGCAGUUCACGAGUGUUGACCUGAUCAAGGUUUGUAAGCAUGCUAGCAUUAAUUUGCAAGGGCCGGUGCUUCGUGCUGUGAUUGAAACAAAUCCGUCUGCGCUCCAGGAAGCUGCAGUGCUGGAUUUUGAGCGCCUUACCUACGGACCACGGAGUGCGCUCCAUGGGAUCCCUGUACUUGUGAAAGAUAAUAUUGCGACUGUAGCAUUUGAAGGAAUGAACACGACUGCGGGGUCAUAUAGCUUGUUGAACUCUGUGGUUCCGGAUGAUGCAGGUGUAGUGAAGCGAUUACGCGAGGCAGGGGCCAUUAUUCUCGGUAAGGCAAACCUGUCCGAGUGGGCACACUUCCGUGGAAACAUCGCCUCUGGAUGGUCAGGACGUGGAGGGCAAUGCACGAAUGCAUAUUACCCAAACGCCGACCCAUGUGGUUCGUCGGCUGGUUCUGGUGUCUCUGCAUCUAUUGGCCUGACUGCCGUCGCUCUUGGGACAGAGACAGAUGGAAGUAUCACAUGUCCGGCGAAUCAAAACAAUGUGGUAGGCAUCAAGCCCACCGUGGGAUUAACAUCCCGUGCUGGGGUCAUACCGAUCUCCGAGCACCAAGACACAGUGGGUCCGCUCACUCGCUCCGUCACAGAUGCCGCCAUUGUCCUUUCCAUCAUCGCUGGCCCAGACCCUAAUGACAACUUUACGCUGGCACAGCCAAUGCCCGUCCCUGACUACAUCAUGGCACUCAGUAACACAUCGCUUGUUGGCAAGCGCAUUGGAGUGCCUCGCACAGUCUUCUUGAAUGACAGCUUGACCGGCAAUGAUCCAUACGUGAACCAAAUAUUCGAGCAGGCACUGGAGACGCUACAGAUUCUGGGCGCGACAAUUGUAGACCCCACUGAUUUGCCUUCGGCGUAUGAGAUCUAUGAGUCUAAUAAUGAGACCGUUGUGCUGGAUGUUGACUUCAAGGUCCAACUUAAUGCCUGGUUUGACAGUCUUGUCGCAAACCCAUCAGGGGUGGCUUCGCUUGAGGACUUGAUCAUGUUCGACAAUAACAACCCAACGCUUGAGGAGCCCGCCGGAUACACGGACCAGUCUAUUUUGAUCGAAUCACAAGCAACUACUGGUUUCAAUGCAUCUUAUUACCAAUCUCUCGCGUUUGACAAGGAACUUGGCGCCACUAAUGGUAUUGAUGCUGCCCUGAAGAUGUAUGCUCUCGACGCUCUGGUGCUCCCUGCACCAGGUUAUACGACUGUCCCUGCAGCCAUCGCGGGAUAUCCGAUUGUCACGGUACCUUUGGGUUUCUAUCCAGAGAAUGUUACAAUUGGUAGUGCUGGGCCUGAGACUGUGUAUCCGGCUCCAGGCGUCCCCAUUGGACUUUCGUUCCUUGGAACAGCAUGGAGCGAGUAUAGCCUUAUCAGUUUUGCAUAUGCCUACGAACAGAAGACACAAACAAGGCUUCAAAGGAAAGCCUACGCUGCGGCAAUUCCGACAACACAGUUGGCGAAUGUGAUAGGGCAGUAGUUGCCAUAACUGUGCCUUGAGAUGGGUUCACUGUUUACCAAACUUCUCCAUUAAUUGUAUAGAUGUGGAAUACAAAUCACAAGUUCUUGGUUUGCCCUGUUCGAAGGCGGGUGCCAGUUCCAACAACACCGAAGACGCCGUGUGAAAAUGUCAAGACAUUGUACCAUUCCAACAGCU